AUGAAGGACGAAUGCUUCCGCACCCUCAAGCUGACCACACCCACAUAUGGUGACCUCAACCACCUGGUGUCAGCCACCAUGAGUGGGGUGACCACCUGCCUGCGCUUCCCGGGCCAGCUGAAUGCAGACCUGCGCAAGCUGGCCGUGAACAUGGUGCCCUUCCCACGCCUGCACUUCUUCAUGCCAGGCUUUGCACCUCUGACCAGCAGGGGCAGCCAGCAGUACCGAGCCCUGACAGUGCCUGAGCUCACCCAGCAGAUGUUCGACUCCAAGAAUAUGAUGGCCGCCUGUGACCCUCGCCACGGCCGCUACCUGACCGUGGCUGCCAUCUUCCGUGGCCGCAUGUCCAUGAAGGAGGUGGACGAGCAGAUGCUCAACGUGCAAAACAAGAACAGCAGCUACUUCGUGGAGUGGAUCCCCAACAAUGUGAAGACGGCCGUGUGUGACAUCCCCCCUCGAGGCCUCAAGAUGUCAGCCACCUUCAUUGGCAACAGCACCGCCAUCCAGGAGCUGUUUAAGCGCAUCUCAGAGCAGUUCACUGCCAUGUUCCGGCGCAAGGCCUUCCUGCACUGGUACACGGGUGAAGGCAUGGACGAGAUGGAGUUCACCGAGGCAGAGAGCAACAUGAAUGACCUAGUGUCUGAAUACCAGCAGUACCAGGAUGCCACGGCUGAUGAGCAGGGCGAGUUCGAGGAGGAGGAGGGCGAGGAUGAGGCUUGA